AUGGGUGCACCAAAAACGGCAGUCACCCAGGAAAACGUCGAUGCUGUGCGCAAACUCGUCAUUGAAGAUAGAGAUACCUCAAUUCAAAAAAUUUUACAUGAAGAAUUAGGACAGAAAGCAGCCAGGGUUAACUGGUGUCAAAAAACGCUUGACCGUUUCAAUUCCGGAAACUCAAAAAAUGUGUACAGCAUUGUCAGUGGUGACGAAUCGUGGAUUUACUGUUAUGAACCAGAAAAUAAAUGUGAAGAAAAGCCAACAAAACAAAGAACUGUUACUGCGGAUUGGUCUACCACCAUUUGUUUGCCAAAAAUUAUCACCGAGCUUCGAAAAAUCAAGCCCGAAAGAAGAAUCAUCCUCCACCAAGACAAUGCAAGCUCGCACACAGCCCAAAAAACAAGGCAGUAUUUAACGGAAGAAAACGUGGAAUUUUUGGACCAUCCUCCAUAUAGUCCCGAUCUAAGUCCUAACGAUUUCUUUACUUUCCCGAAAAUUAAAAACAGACUGCGUGGUCAAAGGUUCCAGUCACCAGAAGAAGCAGUUGACGCAUUCAAAAAUGCCGUUUUGGAUAUGCCAGCAAACAAGUGGAAUAAGUGCUUCGAAAAUUGUUUUAUAAAAAUGCCAUUUUUAUUCUCCAAUCAAGAGUUAGCGGAUAUUCAUUUUGUGUAUGGCUUUGUAAAUGGAAACGCAGCAGAAGCAGCCAGAGAAUACGCACGAAGAUUUCCAAACAGACGACAUCCAACUCGCUCAGUAUUUGUAAGAGUGCAUCGCCAAAUAAUUGAAAAUGGUUUUUGA